UUUAAUUGGAUUUCUAGUUCUAAGUGAAUUAGUAGAGAACACGAAAGAAGUAGUGUUGGUAACUGGUGACCGACUCCAUACAUUCUGCUAAGAUGGGACAAGGCCAAGAACACAAGACCAGAGAUGACCCCCAACUUGAGAUUCAGGAAAGGGGGGAAAUAUUCUUCUUCUAUAGGCCUAAAGUAAACAAGGAGGAAGUUCACAGUGUUGAUGAUGUGCAGCGCUUGUACAUUGUAUUGCGCCCAGAGUCCGGUGAGAGAGGUGUUGAAGAGAAGCAAGAUCCCCACUCUGGCAAGGAAGGUGCCAAAUCAAGAUCAAGUGAUCAACCUCAAACUGGCUCCUCCAUGAAUAAAACUGAAGGUGGACAGGGGAGCCAGGAAGUAAAUAUCGAGGAGGAGCCAUUGUUAAGGUUCAUAGUUAUGGGCAGAAAGAGACUUCCAGAUCCAGGCAAGAAGUCCCAAACUUUCUGGGGUUUUGUUGAAUUAGUGACCACAAAGGUAGAAGAUGUAAAAGAUGCUUUAAAAGGAGAGGAAUAUGAUACAUCAUCAAGAGGUUACCGAUAUCAACCUCCUGCAAGAGCAGUGGGAGAAGGUGUUUACCGUAUUGUGAGGCACAAUUCAAGUAAGAACAAGAUGCACACUCAUUUGAUAUAUAAACUUGAAUUCCCACCACCAAAAGAAGAGAAUGAACCCCAAGAAUCACUUAACAUCGAGCCAGAAGGCUCCUUUUUGAUACAAAUCAAGAACCCAUCACAAGCUAGCAAUUCCCAGUUUAGGGGAGUUGGAAACAAACGAAAGGCAGCCUUCCCUGCUCACCUGCAAGGCCAGUUGGGGAAAACCCGAUACCAUCCGGCUGAUCCACCCGACUUUUUGAACUACGAAGGAUGUGAGUUUCUACUCAUAUCGGCAUCCGAUGAUAUUGAUAAAGAACUGGGGUUGGAACUGGGGACUGAAGGGGAAGCAGAUCCUUCUUGUUCAGAUUUGGUGAGGACUUUUGGGGACACUGCAUCUACUACUCCACUGUUCAAAGGAAUCUGGUCUUGAACAAUGGCGCUUUUGUUUUAAAUGUCACUGUUGUAGCCUACUAUGAAAUGUUGCAGUUGGUUUGUUAAGGUAGAGUGCAAUGGCAUAGAUCUGUCAUUUUGUAAGUUAGGUUGUAACUAUGUCUACAAUAUAAAUGAAGUAUAUUCUAGCUGUUUAGAAGAAAUGUCGAGAGUAAAUGCUGGCAAAGAAAGGAGGCAGCCGACCAAGCAUUCUUUUACUUGGCCAAGUUUUAAGUUGCAGUCAGUGAUUGAAAGCCAUACAUGCUGGUUCGGUCCUUAAUAUAUGAAAGCUAGACUUGUGAUUCAAACCCGAAUUGAAAUGAUCGAAGUUGAAAAAGAUCUGAAUUUGAUACAUUGAAACAAUUACAGCUUUGAGAGUAGAAUAUGAAAUUUGAGUGAUUUUAAGAAUCAAACAUAAUUAGGAACAUGUUUAGUUUUUCCAAUGGUUUCUGUAUUUUUUAUUUGAAGUAUGUAUUUCAAGUAAUGAGUGGAUAAUAAUUUGUUUUC